AUGGACGCACUGCAGAACGUGCUACGGCCAGGUAGUCGCGAGUUCGUGGUCGUAUUGAACAUUGUCCUGUUGCUCCUGUUUUUCGUGAUGCUGACAGUUAUUUACACGGAGAUGGAGGACUCAUUUCACGUGUUUGUGCUGCUAUUUCUCGUAAUGGGCCUCACGGUAUCCAUUAACUGGUUCAUCAUCAAGGCCAACAACCUCCAACACUCGCUAGUAGCAAACAGCAACAACAAGCAGCAAUCAUUCCUCAAUGUAAGAUCCAAGACGGAUUAA